AUGGACAAGUUCCACGACAGGCAGUACGUGUGGCUGCGGAGCCGCGUGCACGGCACGUACCUCCACGCCAACAUCGACGGGAAGAGCGUCUCCCUCCACCGGCGCCGCGCAGCGCUGAGGGCGGCCUGGGCGGUGCACAUCCACCAAGGCGACGAGCCGUACCUGCUCCUCUACAACGCCGCCAACGGCCGCUACCUCGCCGCCACGGCCACGCGGGCGCCGCCCGGCCACAUCGGCUUCCGCGCCGAGCAGCGCGACUACGACCAGCCGCAGUUGCCGGCCAUCAUGUGGCGGGCCGCCGAGACGGGAUUCAGGGACGACGUCCUGCUCCGCAACGUCGGCGGCCGCUACCUCCGCGCCAACGGCAAGUACACUGGCAAGUACCUAAGCCUGAAGAACGUCACCGUCGACGGCAUCAACAACGUCAGCACCAUGAUGUACUGGACCGUCGAGCCUAUCCCUCUCAGAGACCCGAACAGUCCGCUCGGCCUAGCUCCGCCGACUCUGGGCCGCAGACCCCGAGAGCUCCCCGACAUGCUGGGACGCGAGCGAGGGGUGCGGCGGCUGAUCCGGUUCGUGCGAGCGAGCGCCGAGGGGGCCGUCGCCGAGGACGGCUGGUCCGAGUUCCAUUUCACGGGGAGGUCCGUGUGCGAGCUGAGGAACGAGCUGUACAGCCGCAUCGGCCCCCACCGCCACCCCCACCCCGACAUCCUCCCCUUCGACAUCGCCAUGUGCGUCCGAGCGGGCCGCUACGGGCGUUUGAUCCCGCUCGUCGUCAACCUGCCCCACGGACGCAACGGCGAGACCCUCCAGAUUGUCCUCUGCCUCUCCAGGACCCCUGCCUAUGGUAGGCUGCGAUACCCGGAUGUCCACGCAGAGUAG